CCUGGGCGCAGCAGAUGGGACUGAGGCCCUUCUUCAAGACACUGGGGCCAAGUUCGUCUCCUUUUUGUGUGGCCUUCAGCCUCGUUUGGACUCAGCCAGAGGAGCCUCUGAGGUCUCAGUCCAGGUCCAGGGCCCUCAGGGAGUCCUAGGGGAUGGUGCCAGGGAGUCCAGGGCCCCUGCGUGAGCUUGGGCUCCUGGUGUCUCCCAGGGACCUGGAUGCCCUGGGAGUCCCCACACUGUUGUUCCAGCCUGAAUUUGGAGGCAGUUUCUAAAAGCACUCCGGCUGUUCAUAGCUGCCUUUCCCCAAGGGCCUUGUCUGGCUCUGCAUCUCCAGGAGGAGCCACUCUUAGGCUGGAGGUCGGCUCCUCUCCUGUGUGGUCCCGUUUCCUGUCAUAACUGGCACCUGAUUGUCUCCGCUCCUAAUCCCAGUCCUCACAGGAGUAACCCUUUUGAAUGUACAGAGCUUUACACCUUAUAAAGGGCUUUCCCUAUCCUCCCUCCCUAUCUCCUUAACCCUGUGAUGCCCCUGCAAAGCAGGAGAAGUCAGACGACCAGAUGUGGCCACGGUCACGGCCCUGGAAGCUGCUGCCUCCUGCCCCUGAUGCUACGGAGAGACAUAAACGCAAAUGAUGCUAAGCUCGUUUGAUCAGCAUUUGCAAUGUCCAGGACCUGCAGCUGGAACGGGAGAUGGCCCUGGCCACCAACCGGAGCCUGGCGGAGCGGAAUUUGGAGUUCCAAGGUCCUUUGGAGAUCAGCCGUUCCAACCUCUCAGACAAGUACCAGGAGCUUCGGAAGCUCGUGGAGCGGUGCCAGGAGCAGAAGGCACAGCUGGAGAAAUUUUCUGCAGCCCUGCAGCCAGAGACCUUGUUAGACCUUCUGCAGAUUGAAGGCAUGAAGAUUGAAGAAGAAUCUGAGACCAUGGCUGAGAAGUUCCUGGAGGGCGAGGUGCCCUUGGAGACAUUUCUUGAGAACUUUUCCUCCAUGAGGAUGCUGUCCCAUUUGCGCCGGGUCCGUGUGGAGAAGCUCCAGGAUGUGAUGAGGAAGCCCAGGGUUUCCCUGGAGCCGGCUGGUGACACCCCUCCUCCCCGCCCACCGCCCCCACCGCUCCCUGCUCGCCCAGCCCCCCAGGUGACACCCCCGGUGGCCGAUGAGCAGCCCCCGCCGCCCCCGCCGCUGCCCCCGUCAGCAAUGCCGCCCUACCCUUUGCCCUACAGCCUGACUCCCAGCAUGCCCACGGGCCCCACUGCCCAAGGCAUGCUCCAGCCGGCGCCCUUCCCGGUGGUGGCCCAGCCCUCCUUUUCCUACAGCGGCCCUUUGGGCCCCCCUUACCCGUCAGCCCAGCCAGGACCCAGGGCUGCUGUGGGCUACUCCUGGUCCCCGCAGAGGAGCCCACCGUCCCGUCCUGGCUAUCCUCUGGCCCCCACUGGUGCCUCUGGCCCUGGGUACCCCUUGCCGCGGGGCCGGACCCCAAGUCCUGGGUAUCCUCAGCAGCAGCCCCCCUACCUCUCAACUGGAGGAAGACCUCCCUACCCAACUCAGCCCCAGCCCCCGAGCUUCCCAGGCCACCCCCAGCCCUCAGGACCCCGUCAGCCGCCCUAUGCCCCUGGCCCUGCCCCUCCGUAUGGGUUUCCACCACCUCAGGGUCCUGUCUGGCCGGGAUACUAGACACAAGGCCCUUGGUCCUUCCCUACUUCCACCUGCACUACAGCCUUUUGCCCGCCAACCACUGAGGCUGAAGGUUAAAUUGGAAUUGGACUUGGCACUCUGGGGGGUCUUGGGUCAACACUGGAUGGCCUCGGGAGCCUGGCUGGGAGCAUGCUGGUGGGGAAGGCAACGGACAGUGUGACUGGCUUGGCCGCACACACGGUCACAGUGCUUACUGGCCUCCUUCCGGUGACCGGCUUUGGCUUUUCCAGUAUUAGCCAGGCAGGGUGUCUGUGUGAGCGGCGGUGAGUGUUCGUGGACAUCUACCUGGACCAGCACUCACAGACAUUUGAACCAAAUGCAGAGUUAUCUUGGCUGCAAGGUGACCGGGUCUCUGGCCCCUGCUCACCCCCUCCCUCUCCUCUGGGAUUUGGCAUAUUUGACGUGGUGCCCAUGUCAAGGGAUGCAGCUCUUUGUCUGAGGCCCACUCAGGGACGGCCUGUCCCACCCACCAUGGCCAGGUUGGAUCAGGGAGAGAGAACAGUUGGGAAACACACUUCAUGAUUUUUCAGCCAUAAUCGAACUUUGGUAGGCUGAUGUCAGAUAAGCUUGUCCUGUGUGCUGGUUUGAAUGACAGCAGCAGAGCCAGCACAGAGAGAAGGCUGGGGAUCAUGAAGGUGGACCCCAGACCUUGCUUGUGCUGUUUGGACAUUGGGGGGAGCCUGGGACCCCUGGCUGGAGGGGAGGGAAGAGCUCUGGUCCAGGAGGUUGAGGUCACAUCAGGGCUCAUUUAGGAGUGGAGGACCACGUUGCUGCCAGCUACCCCCCUUUUCUGGGGCCCUCCACUUCCAGUUGACCCUUGAGGCCCACCCCCUCCGUCCACCCCUUUAGUGCCUUGAAUCUCAUUCACCUCAGCUCCUUCCUCAGGCUCCUGUGAUACAACUUUCCUUCACCCUAGUAUUCCUCCUAAGACGGACAUCAGAAGAUACCCUAACAGUAACUCUCCAAAUGGUGCUUUCUCAGACACCAUCACUAUACUGGAGUCCCUUUCUUUGCAUCUCUCUCAUCUUCAGAAUGUAAAGGCCAGGGAUUGUGACUCAGUGCCACGUGAGGCCCCCAAGCACAUUGGGGAUUUCUAGUAUAUUCAGUAAUAAAAAUGACAAUAGACCAAAGGGGGUGUGAUGAACAGAGCAUUAACUUGGUUGGUCCAGAUGUGACCCAGGUCUCAAGAGCAGAUCUGGAGCUGCUAUUGGUUAGGAGGUCAUUUGUGCCUUGAAAUGUCUGCUACUUGGGUGCCCAGCAUCUGGUGGGCCUGGGGUGCUGGGGGUCAAAGAGGAGAGUCCACCUUCCGGUGCCUGCCCCCUCCCCGGCCUGCAUGCCGUCAGCGGGCGUGCGUGAUGAGACGCUCCGUUAAUGCUGUCAGUUCCUUGCCAAUUGGGCUUGUUUCUCAUGAGUUAUUUAUAAAGAGAAAUCACUAAUGGACUCUGCUGGUUUGAGUGCUUCUGAACUGGAUGAACGAUUGCCGGUGUGUCUGUAUAAUUAACGGCCAUAAUAAACUGAUGAGUUACAU